ACUUACCUUAUCACUGUGAUGGCAGCAAAGCCGUUACACCAGUGUGAUGUAUGUAAAAAGACUUUCUCUCGUGGAGGUAACCUUGCUACCCACAAACGUAUCCAUACAGGAGACAAACCCCAUCACUGCGAUAUCUGUGGGAAAUCAUUCUCUAGAGCAAGUACUUUAACUACACACAAAUAUAUUCAUACUGGAGAGAAGCCAUAUCGCUGUGAUAUCUGUGGUAGAUUAUUCUCUGUUGACAGUAGCUUAACUCGACACAAACGUAUUCAUACGGGAGACAAACCAUAUCAGUGUGAUAUCUGUGACAAGUCUUUCUCAGAUGCAGGUAGCUUAACUGCUCACAAACGAUUCCAUACAGGUGAGAAGCCAUAUCAAUGUGAUGUCUGUGGUAAAUCAUUCUCUCAGAGAGGUACCUUAUCUACACACAUGUUUAUUCACACAGGAGAGAAAAAAUAUCACUGUGAUAUCUGUGGUAUGUUGUUCUCACGCAGGUUUCACUUGACUCGACACAAACUCACCCACACAGGUGAGAGAUUGUACAGCUGUGAUAUCUGUGGAAAAUCAUUCUCUGAAAGUAGCAUCGUAAUUAAGCACAAACGUGUUCAUACCGGAGAAAAACCGUAUCACUGUGAUAUCUGUGGGAAAUCAUUCUCAGGGGGAAGUACCCUGACUAUUCACAAACGGAUUCACUCAGGAGAGAAACCAUAUCACUGUGACAUUUGUGGUAAAUCUUUCUCUGCAAGUUUUGGUUUGACUAGACACAAACGAAUUCAUACAGGAGAAAAGCCGUAUCACUGUGAUAUCUGUGGUAAAACGUUCUGCGAUGGAAGUGCACUGGUUACUCACAAACGAAUUCAUACAGGAGAGAAUCCUUAUCACUGUGAUAUCUGUGGUAAGUCUUUUGCCCAAAAUGGUGAAUUAAGUCAACACAAAUGCAUUCAUACUGGAAGGAAACCAUAUCGCUGUGACACCUGUGGUAAAUCAUUCUUGCAAAGAAGACUUCUAACUGCUCACAAACAUUACCCUUGCAAGGAAUAAAUUAUGUGACUGACCAUCAUCCUCAUUCAACAUCUGUUUUCCAUGCUGGCAUGUGUUGAACGGUUUUUGACGUGCAAGCCAGGGGAUUGCACCCAGCUCUACUGUCUACUUUGGCAUGGUUUCUAUUGCUGGAGGCCCUUCCUAAUAGCAACCACUUUACAAAGUGUACUGGGUGCUUUUGACAUGGGCCCAGCGCUAGCGAGGUCAAACACAUUCAUACAAAUUUACCCACAAGGCAUUGGUCAGCCUAGGAACAGAAGGCAAUUGCCUAGGGUGCUGUUAAUGGGACUCUGCCCCCAAACCAUGUGGUUGCGAAGCAAAUGCCUCAUGGCCAUCUCUUCGUGGGAAAUCAUUCUCUGAAAGAUGUAACUUAUGUACUUACACACAAACGCUUUCAUACAAGACACCAACCAUGUUACCGAGAUAUCUGUGGGAAAUCAAUCUCUCUAAAAAUAUCAAUUAACUAUUCUGUGUAUUCAUAUUAACGAGUAACACUUAAUAUCAAAAUUAGUUCUUUGAAAAAAAUUUAUCUUAUAUAACCACAUAUGUAUACACAUGGGAAAGACUAACUGUGGAAACACCCUAUCAACAAUCUAUAUGACUAUCUCCACCCUGUUGAAAUAACUUAACUCUUUCAUUACCAACCCGACUGAAACUGCCUCUGGCUCUAUAGUACAAAUGUCUUGUUUUCAUAAGUUCUGAAAUAAAAUCUUCCACCAAACCUUA